AUGGCGAAAGGGCGAAAGCAAUCCACAAAAAAUCGAUCAGAUACUCAAGAAACUAAUGGCUCUUUCUCUAGAAGUGACUGGAGAAAGGCUGGAAUGACUCGAGAACAACAUAAAUAUUGCGCGAAUAUCAUCAAGUCUUUAAAACAGUACAAACAUGUUGGACCUUUUCUUGAUCCAGUCGAUCCAGUCAAACUUAAUGUCCCUGACUAUUUUGACAUCAUCAAGACUCCUAUGGAUCUCGGCACUGUUGAAAGACGAUUAAAUAAUUGCGAGUACGAAAGCACGAUGGAUUUUGCUGCUGAUGUUCGUACGAUUUUCAACAAUUGCUAUGUUUAUAAUGGAGAACACGCGACGAUAUCUCAAUUUGCUAAAGACAUGGAAGAAAUAUUCAAUACAGCGUUCGCCAAGAUGCCCGGAGAGUCCAUCUCGGGUAAUCCUGCACAAACGACUGCUGUUCCUAAAACUCCAAAAACACCAAAAAUAAUUGCAGAAAGUUCAACGCCAAAGACAGCUGAACAAAAGAGACCUAAACGUGAAAUCCGACCACCUCCAUCCAAAGAUCUCCCAGAUACUCAUGCUGCGAAACGGAGAAAACCGUCUAAAAAGAAUAACGAUCUCAACUUUUGUCGAAGUGUUCUUAAAGAAUUGAGAAAAAAACAACAUUAUCCUUAUGCAUAUCCAUUUUAUGAACCAGUUGAUGCUGAGAAAUUGCAAGUUCCUGAUUAUUAUACUGUUAUCAAACAACCCAGAGAUCUUCAAACUAUUGGCAAUAAGCUGGAGAAUGAUCAGUAUGAGAAUGCAAAGGCUUUUGAGGAUGAUAUCCGUUUGAUGUUUCGUAAUUGUUAUACUUAUAAUCCUCCCGGAAGUGAUGUUUAUCGAAUGGGUCAACAACUUGAAGCCGUGUUUGAUAAGAAAUGGAGAGAGAAACCUGUUCCACAACAAAGGGCUCCUUCUGUUGAAAAUCUGGCAGAAGAGGAUGAAUCACAACAACAUCUUAAAGCACUGCAAAAACAUCUUGCUGCGCUUUCAACACAAAUCGCUUCAAUGGCAAAACCUUUAAAAACCAAACCAAAGAAGUCCUCAAAAUCUUCCAAAACGCCUACUCGUAAGAACAGCACUAAAUCUGUCAAGGAAACUUCAGUUAAGAAACCUGUCAAGAAGCCUCGAGCACUAUCUACAUCAAAAUCCACUGUAGACGAACAGGUUCCGUUAACAGCUGAACAAAAGAACGAUUUAAGCGAUAGAAUCGGCCUUCUCACGGAAGAAGGAAUGGCAGAUCUUAUUGAGCUUAUUCGUGAAAGUGGUGCUCCCUUGGAGGCUCAAAAUGGAAAUUAUGAACUUGAAAUUGAAUCUGUCAACGCAAAUACUGCUCGAAAAAUCUAUGAUUUUGUUUUGAGCCAUACAACAAGCCAGAAACCUCCGACGAAAAAGCAGAGACUUGCUUAUGAUGAAGAGGAGCAACAAAGACAAAUCGAGAAAUUAGAAAGCCAGUUGAAGAAAUUCGAAGGUGCUACAGCCGAAGCGCAUGCUCCUGGUACUACUCAAACUCAAUACAUCGAAUAUUCUAAUUAUGAUGCGUCGCCUGACCAGUCAAACGAGAGUGAAACCUCAGAUUCUUCGGGUACCGAGACGGAAGAUUCAGUUAAGAGGAAGCCUGCCGCGAAAAAAAGAAAGUCCGAGGCAGUUCCCGUUCGUAACAAUACAAAGAAUCAAAAAGUAGUUCCCACACGAACUAAAACAACUGAACAAACCACAAAUAAAAGUACCUCUACUGUCAACCGCGUCAAAAACACAUCCAAUUCAACUCAGAGUGUAAACAACAGCACAACAAUCCCCAGCCGUAAUAAUGGAUUUCUGCAAAACGCGUAUUAUCCAAAUAGCAGCAAUGUAUCUGAAAUCCAACUGUUGAAUAGAAACGAAGUGUCGCCGGAAGAGGAAGAAAGAAUCAAAUCCUUGACUAAUUCAUUUUUGUUGGAUCCUUUAAAGAAAGCGGCAGAAGAGCAAAAAGCUAAGAAAUUAAAAGAGGUGGAGGAAAUGAGGGCGAUUGCACGAAAAUUGGAACAAGAAGAUCGAGAACGUCGCGAAAAAGAGCAGCGUGAAGAGAAAGAGAGACGUGAAAGGGAAGAGCAAGCAGAACUCAAACGGCAAGUUGAAUUACGAGAACGUGAUCAAAAACGAAAAGAAGCGUAUGAAACACGUCUAGCAGAGAAAAGGAUUGCCGAUGCCAAAGAUUUUUACUAUGAACAACUUCGUGAAGCUCAAGCAUUCUAUGGUGUGAACGAAGGUGAUAUCCAAAAGUUUCACAUUUACAAGACCAGCAUCCUUGGAUGCACAUUGCCACACGAUUAG